AUGUAUAAUUAACGGCUUUUUCUUUUUAGUAGUAUUAAUAUUAGUAUUCGUUUCAAAAGUGGUACAUCAAAAGUCCACAGCAGCGGCAAAAAGACUCGAGAACUACAUAUCCCAGGAUGCUCCUCGCGGCCGCGCCAUCUUAUGCCGGCCCGCUGGUUGAUCGAUUGUCGCCCGUUUGUCGUCACCUGUUUCAAAAGUCUUUCUAUUAAAGUUCGCACCAGGAUGAUCACACCAACCGGGAGCAACAGCGGCCGGCGUGACUGCGUUCAGGUGCCUUGGCAUCAUUACUGUCUCGGAGAACGCUACCUACGUGUGUAGAUUGGACCUUGACGAGCACACAUGCACUGUCCGAUUUUUGAAACUUUCUCGUUGAGGGACCACGCAACGUCACAAAUUAUGUCUUGGUGUCAAGGAAUGAUGGUAAGCCCCAUCACCGAGGUAACCAACAGCACACGUAUGGCAAAUUGGUUGUAGGCAAUGCGAUGGGCCGGGAUGCAGCCGAGCCACCGGAUCCGGUGCGAUCUUUUGAGUCUGAGCGCAAAGAACGAGGCGGCAUGUUAGUUUGUCACGACAACUCUCUGAAGACAUUAAUUUUUCCUGCUCUGCCGACCUUUUCCCCGCUGCGUUCUGAUCCGAACUACGCGUGGCUGAGCUAGUGCCCACCCAGGAGGGUGCUCACGAAAGUGUCUUGUUCUCUCAAGACAAAUGGUGGCUCUUACACAUUUAUCCAUAGGCGGCUGGAUGCCGAGGGUGAAAUUGGAGGCCGCUAUUAUCCGCCUCAAUUUUUUUCCCCGCCGCAAAUCGUCGACGGAUGAAAAGCCGAGCGUACUACCAGGCCGUGUGAUUCACGUUGCCCGAGUGUUGAUAACACGUCGCAGUCCGCCACUUGCCGCUGUUACCCGGAGACUUCAGACUUUGCGCAUUCAUCAGCAGAGAUUUGCAGCCCUCAUCAUCCCCCGGCACCCCCACCCCAUGCUGCCGUUCCCGAAGCAAGGCAAAUCAGUCUGCAAGGCCACUGAGCGGCGCCUCUAAUAAGAUUUGAGACGUCAAAGUGUCUCUCCUUUUGACGAGGGGAAAUGGAUCUGAUGGAAAUGAGCCCGAAAUGCAAAUGCCCCGCUGGGAUGAUGAGCCCCCGGGCACAAUAGGACGCGAGCGUGACGGAAAGAUGGACUGGUCCCAAUCACCCUUAUCAUCUACACUGAUUUUUAUCUCGAAGAAAGCCAGCCAUCGUUGUACGUACUCUUUAUUUAAAUUGCCGCCAAGGCCUUUCCUAUAUCUUCCCAAAUCCGAAUCGCUGGGAUUUAAGUGAACCGGCUGCCCCUGAUGAGCGUAUGCAAAGCGACCCCGUUGGCCACUUCAGGACACGAGUGUCGAGAGUGCACAAGUUGACGCAGCGGCAGAGUUCAAGGUUGACAGCAGGAUUGACAACACGUAACAGGCUGAAAAUGUCACCCUCGUUAUAAUUUGGCGCGGCACAUUAACGUGACUCGAGAGAUGAUCGGGUCACCUCAAGGAGGACUUUGCACUUCAGAGGAGGACAGCAGAAGUUAAAGCCGAGGGACUGAAGUGAUGCAGAAUUAGCAACAUAUCAGCUCAACGGUAAACGGGCCAAGGCUGGAGGAAAGUGAGCAGGGAAUAAAAGCACGGAAGAAAAAAGGGGAAAACAGCAACAUGCAAACAAACAGCAGUAGUCUGCCGACCGGGUGGAGGCGAGGCGGACCGUGCCACGCGGGAGGGCCGAGGAAAUAAUUAGCUGUCCGCACAAAUACAAACGCAACAUGACUGGCCAGACGGCCCUUUGAGGCCGACCGUCAACCCCGCCGCGGCCUCCGAGGUCACCCGCCAAGGUCUAAAAUUGUCAGCGCUCCGCGCCGCAAGGGGUCCGUUCCCACCGGGGACCGGCGCCUCCCCCGGAGCCCCGUCCCGCCCGGCACCGCAGGGCCCGGUCCCCUGCCAUCUUCCGGCGACCGACCACUCCCGCGCGAAUGACAAGCGUGCGUCCGAGGGCGGGGCUUGCCUCAGUCUCUCGUGAUUGGCUGCUGGAUGGAAUCGAGGUGAAUGGAACACAUGCCCAAGGAGCAAGAGCCAAACCCACUCGAGGGCGAAGAGAAACGGUGGCUCAAUGGCCCGAAGAGGAAGAGGAAGAACAGCCAAUGUUCGGUUAAGAGUAUGACGGGGUACAUCCCCAGCUACCUGGAGAAGGAUGAGCCAUGCGUGGUGUGCGGCGACAAAGCCACAGGCUACCACUACCGCUGCAUCACCUGCGAGGGCUGCAAGGGUUUCUUCCGCAGAACCAUCCAGAAGAACCUGCACCCCGCCUACUCGUGCAAGUAUGAAGGCUGCUGCAUCAUCGACAAGAUCACGCGCAACCAGUGUCAGCUGUGUCGGUUCAAGAAGUGCAUCGCAGUGGGCAUGGCCAUGGACUUGGUGCUGGACGACUCCAAGAGGGUGGCCAAGCGGCGCCUGAUCGAGGAGAACCGGGAGCGCCGCAAAAAGGAGGAGAUGGUCAAGACGCUCCAGAACCGGCCGGAGCCCAGCGGUUCGGAGUGGGAGCUGAUCCACUUGGUGACCGAGGCCCACCGGCACACCAACGCUCAGGGCGCCCAGUGGAAGCAGAAGCGCAAAUUCCUGCCGGAGAAAAUUGGCCAGUCGCCGGUGGCGCCCACGUCCGACGGCGACAAGGUGGACCUGGAGGCCUUCAGCGAGUUCACCAAGAUCAUCACCCCCGCCAUCACGCGAGUGGUCGACUUUGCCAAAAAACUGCACAUGUUCUCCGAGUUGCCCUGCGAGGACCAGAUCAUCCUGCUGAAGGGCUGCUGCAUGGAGAUCAUGUCGCUGCGGGCGGCCAUGCGCUACGACCCCGAAAGCGAGACGCUGACGCUGAGCGGCGAGAUGGCGGUCAAGCGCGAGCAGCUCAAGAACGGCGGGCUGGGCGUGGUGUCGGACGCCAUCUUCGACCUGGGCAAGAGCCUGGCGCAGUUCAACCUGGACGACACGGAGGUGGCCCUGCUGCAGGCCGUCCUGCUCAUGAGCUCAGGGAAUUGUGCGCAGAGCAAAGCCCGACAGAGAGCACUUAACAGGACGGCCGACGUCGUUAGAGGCUGGGACUUAUCAUGCCAAGACAGCUAAGAAUGUACACAAAUGAGAGGUGGAAAAUAUACUUAACGGAUGCUCAGGUCAGAAAAGACGGGCCUCGAAGGGUGUUUUUGGGCUCUCCCCCCCCACCCCACCCCCUCCCUCGUCGCUUCUGUCUCUCGUGUAUGUGUCCCGCCUCGCAAACGACAUCCGCCGCUGCCGCCGCACACGUCCGUCCUCAAGUCGUAUGCAAAGCCGGGAACCCAAACGAAGGGAUGUCGACAUCAAAACAAAAACGCUCCGUAGCAGGUCCGAGCCGCCUCACACCACACCAGCAAAGUCCAAACACCUCUCCAGACCUCACGUCCGCCCGAGACGUCGUCUUCUUCUUCUUCUUCUUCUUCUUCUUCUUCUUCUUGUUCGCUUGCCGCACGGGGACAGACGAGGCUCGCGUGCUCGUCUUCGGUGUUUGUGUGUCGCGCUAACGUUGUACUCGAGUGUCUGUCCACCGUUUUGACACUCGAGAAAAAGACGCCGACUCCGACGUGUGCGCACUGCGACGUGAGCUGUGCUGUGUCUGCGGAUUUCAAAGCUCUUUGGAAAGUUAUUCAUAUUUUUUUUUUUUUGGGGGGGGGCUUCACACAAACCACCUCGCUGAUAAGCUCUCCAGUCCGUCCCAAAGGCCUCGGUGUGACCGUGACCCGACCCUGCACGCGCUCAGGGAGGUUAGGUAGGUGCCAAAGAACGUGAGGUGUGUCAGGAUGACGGGCAGACCUUCUCAGAUUACAAUUGGAGCGAGAUAAGUGAAAAGAUCAACACAAAAAAAUAUGAAAAAAAAAUCCUUCUCUUGGUUCCACUCCAAGUGCUCCAAUAACGACAUCCACUUUGUGUGGGGAGGAGGUCGAAUGUAGUUGGCGUGCUGUGAGAAAAGCCUGAAUCGGCAGUCAUUAAAAGAUGUUCCGCUUCUCUUUUCACGCAGAAACCAGCAAAAGCAGGAUAUUGCCUCGUCUGCGCGCAGGUGUGUUUGCUACGUGCGCAAAACAUGUCGCUGGCGUCACGGGAGAAAUCCUUCAAAUUGGCCCAUCGAGAGACAGAAGAGAAUGAAAGUUGUUCACCUUCGCGUUUCACACAGAACCCAGCAAAAGCAGGAUAUUGCCUCAUCUGUGCAUAGGUGUGUUUACUAUGUGCGGGAAACAUGUCACUGGCGUUCUGGGAGAGAUCCUUCAAAUUGGCCCAUCGAGAGGCAGAGUAGAAUGAAAGUUGUUCACCUUCGCGUUUCACACAGAACCUAGCAAAAGCAGGGUAUUGGCCUGUCUGUGCGCAGGUGUGUUUACUAUGUGCGCGAAGUACGUCACUGGCGUCCUGGGAGAAAUCCUUCAAAUUGGCCCAUCGAGAGACAGAAAUGAAUGAAAGUUGUUCAGCUUUGCGUUUCACACAGAACCCAGAAAAAACAGGAUAUUGCCACAUCUGUUUACAAAAUUGUUUGCUAUGUGUCCAAGAAAAAAUAUACAAACGUAGUUGGCAUCCUGUGAGGAAUCAGAAAGCGUCUCAUCAAGAGUUAGAACCGUAGAAAAGUUCACCUUUCACACAACGUAGCGUCGCAGGACAUUGAAGUAUGUGUGCGCAAAUUGACGUAGCAAUAUUUGGAUAUUAAUUCUGUGGUCAAUGCGUUUGCAAAAUUUCCACAUUGUCUUUCACACAAAACACAACAAAUUCGGACAUUCCUGUGUCUUGUGUGUAGUCAGACACAAUUUGAGGUCAACUCUGGGCUCUGUGUGACAUCAACUGUCAGCGCUGGCAUUUCGUCCAGUUUCACGCAAAACCCAGCCAAGCCGGACAUGGGUUCGAUUCUGCGCAAGUUCACACAGCGGUGCGGCAAUAUCCCGCACUCUGAUCAUUGUAAAUCAUCCGGUAUGUGCAAACGUGGUGAAUUAUCGGUCUGUCUUUCACGCGGAACCCAGCAAAGCAGGACACCGACGCGUCCUGUGCGCUGGCGUCAGUCAGUCAGACGAGCGAACCGUGGGGAACGUUGGCCGUUUUGUCCUUUCACACAGCCGCGACUCCGCUUCAAGUAUUACCUCAGAAGCCUUUCACGCGGACCGUCCAAAACCCGCUUUGGACGGGCUGUGCGAACGCGGCCUAAGCGGCACACCGGGGGUGGGGGGUGGUGGGGGGGGGGGGGGCGCGACCUUUCUCGCCUCCGUGUCCUCAGACGCCGGUCACAAGGGGUGCACGGAGUCCAUGUCGACACUUUGUCUAGUUUUCAAUCUUUCAGGAAUUGAGAAUUAAAAUCUCUGCGUUCUUUUUUUUAUUGUUAUUUUUUUUUCUUGAUUGCGCAAGUCAGUUGUGUGUCGACGUGGCAAAAAUCAAAUACAAUAAAAUAAAAAUCAUGCAAACGAGCAUCAAACACGACAAACAAUAAAAACCCAAGCAGGAAAAUGGCCGCCGAUCUACUGUGACGUCCUCAUAACACCGCAACGGCACGCUGGACCCCCUCCCGCUUGCACCUGACCGCCAGCGCGCCUCCCUCGUGAGGAUAAGGGGGCGUCAGGUCAGGUGUGUGCGCGCGCUGGUCCAUGUGUGACAAUCAGCGUGUUCGUGUGUUAAAAAAUAACAAAAACUUAAAAAAAAAAAAAAAAAAAAAGGUCCGUGUGUUUUUGUUUUGUUUUGGUUUAAAAAAAAAAAAUUCUUUGUGGGUCGGGCUUUUCAAAGGAAGAUAUUUUUAUGGUAAUUGUCGCUGGUCUAUUUUAAUGAAAUAUUUAUGUAAUAAAUAUGUGACUAAAGUGACUUCUCACCGCCUCUCUGGUCUGUCGAGUAUUUUUUUUUUUUUUGGGAUGAUGAUAAUGCACAAAUAAAUUGAACCGAAAACAUCACGUGUUUGUCAUCCAUUUUUUUUUUGGGGAGGGGGGGGUGGACAGUUGACUCAGCGGGUAUAGUGUUGGCCUCACAAUUCUGAGGCCCCCGGGUUCGAACCCGGCCCCGCCUGUGUGGAGUUUUGCAUGUUCUCGCCGUCCUCGCCUGCGUGGGUUCCCUCCGGGUGGGCACUCCUGUUUCCCCCCACACCCCCCCCCAAAAAAAAUAAUGCAACAUUAAUUGGACACUCUAAAUUGUCCAUAGGUGCUAUUGCAAGCGCAACUGUUUGUCCCGAUGUGCCCUGCGAUUGGCCGGCGACCAGUUCAGGGUGUAGCCCGCUUCCUGUUUGUUGACAGCUGGGAUAGGCUCCAGCGAUCCCCGCGACCCUCGUGGGGAUAAGCGGCAAAGAAAGUGGAUGGAGAAGACUUAAAACCAAUAGAGAAUGCAUUUUUCCUGGCGAAAGUGGGACGCUCGUCACACGCCGCUGAUUUGGUUUUCCACGAAAACACUCGAACCGCAGACUUUUAUACUCCCCGGCACCCACUGACCCCCCCCCCCCCCAUCCCGACAA